GCGGGGGAACAUAUGCACGUGACCGUUGAGUUUGUGUCAACAUGGCGCCGUACACAGAGCUGAAAGUGCAAGGAUACGAAGAGUUCACAAAAGUCGUGAAAGAACACGAGGACAAGAAUGUGUUCGUCUACUUCACAGGGAAUAAAAACGAGCAGGGUGUCAGCUGGUGUCCGGACUGCGUAAAAGCUGAACCAGUGGUCCGGAGUCAGAUGGAGUAUUUACCUGAAGACAGCAUUUUUAUUUUCUGCCAAGUUGGUGAGAGACCCUACUGGAAGGACUCGGGCAAUGCUUUCAAAAAGAUACUGAAGCUGAGGGGUGUUCCCACACUGCUUCGAUAUGGCACCGCCCAGAAACUUGAAGAAGAGGAGUGCUUUGAUGCCAACUUGGUGCAAAUGAUGUUCACUGAAGAAUAAUACGGUUAAUGUCUCAACUAUGAUAUGCAACAAAAACAAUGCUUUAAGUAUUCAAUUUUCAGUACUGACAAAAUAAAAUUGUUCAGUUUCUUUA